CGCGGCCAUAGUGCUCACAUGACGCUCUUUAUGUAACUCUGGCUCGGCACCGCCGAGCUAUGGCUGCGCCGCGGAGACGGCCGGAGGAGAGAGGAGUGGAGCGAAGAGGGAUGAAGGCGACACGGGGCAGCGAACCGCUCUCCAGCCGGCACCCUUGAGGAACCGCUUAUCGGACAUGGGCACCGAGAGCACGGUCAUGCUGGAGCUUGCGGCCGAAGCCUUCAGCUCCGGGAACUUCGAGCUGGCCGCAGAGAUGUACGGCGGCCAGCUGCGGCUCUCCGGCGAGCCGGAGAGCCAGCGGGAGGUGGCGCUGAGGCGGGCGGACGCGUUGGCGCUUGGGGGCCGCCUGGCCGAGGCGUUUCAACUCUACCGGCGAGCCGCCAGGCUGGAGAGGUUGCGGCCGGCGCAGCUGGAGACACUGCUCGACUGCUUGGGCGGCAUCCGGAGAACGGAGAGUGCCUGGGGACGUGCGAGGCGGAAGGCGGCGGGAUGCUUCGCCUGCCCCCUGUGCCUGGGCAUCCUGUCCGAGCCGGUCACGCUGCUCUGUGGACACUCAUUCUGCAAGCGCUGCCUGCACAGGGAGCGGCGGCUAGCGCGCUGCGGGGAAUGCGGUGACGCCUCCCGCCUGUCCGACGUGCGCGGCUACCGGGUCAACGUGGUGCUCAGCAGCCUGCUAGCCAAGUGCUUCCCGAGCCGGCAGCUGGCAGUGCGCCUACGGCACGAAGGCGAUGCGCUGUACGCCGAGAGGCGGCUGGAGGCCGCCUUGGAGAAGUACGACCAGGCGAUACGAUUAGCUCCGGGGGACCACGUGCUGUUCAGUAACCGCUCACUGAUAAACUCCAGUCUGAGGAACUUGCAAGCCGCACUGCGCGACGCAGAGGCAGCCUGCAGACUGCAACCUGGCUGGGCCAAGGGGCAUCUCAGGAAGGCACAGGCUCUGAGCGGUCUGAGGCAGCCUGAAGAGGCGCUUAGUGAAUACCUUUUCUGCAUUGCUUUGGAGCCGGAUAGCAAGCUGGCCAGGUCCGGAGCGCUGAAGUUGCUGAGUGAGCUGUUGGCCCCGCUGCCUGACCGGGUCCAGGAGGGGAUCCCCAACUGCAGCAGCCUGCUGGCACCCAGGGGUGGGAUGAAGGGGGGUGCCUUCCGGGCCUCCACUCCCUGCACCUGCUGUGGCCUCCCACACUCCUGCAAGAAUCACAAGAAGGGCUGCCCCGCUGAGCUGCCAUCCAGCCCCGGGGGUCAUGGGGAUGGAAGUGGGGAGUCCGUCCAGCCCGGCAGCCAACAUCCUGCUGCCCCCACCCAGAGACUCCAUCAGAAGCACAAGCGUGGCUCAGAGGAAGAGGAGGGUGUGGGGAGGCACGAGUGGCCCAGCAAACGCCAGAAGUCAGUAGGGGGCCUGCAAGAUGCGGAUGCGGCCCCCCAGGCUUCUGAUCUCAUCAGUGAGGCUGGCGCCGUUGAUGUCGCUGACCUCGAGUGCCCCUUGUGUAUGAGACUUUUCUACGAACCCGUCACCACUCCGUGUGGUCACACCUUCUGCCUGAAAUGCCUGGAGCGAUGCCUGGACCACAACUCCCAAUGUCCCCUCUGUAAGGAAGACCUGUCCGAGUACUUGGCGCGGAGGCAGUACUGCAAGACUGUGCUGAUGGAGGGCCUCAUUGCGAAAUACUUGCCGGAGGAGCUGAUCGACAGGCAGAGAGCCAAUGAGGAGGAAAUGGCUGAGCUGUCCAACUUGAACAAGAAUGUGCCUAUAUUCGUGUGUACCAUGGCCUUCCCUACGGUGCCCUGCCCCCUGCACAUCUUCGAGCCCUGCUACCGGCUCAUGAUCCGCAGGUGCAUGGAGACGGGGACCAAGCAGUUUGGCAUGUGCCUCAGCGACUCCCUCAAAGGAUUUGCCGAUUACGGCUGCAUCCUUGAGAUCCGCAGUGUGGAUUUCUUCGCCGAUGGGCGGUCGGUGGUGGACACGAUCGGGCGGCGGAGGUUCAAGGUCAUCCAGCACCGGGAGAGAGAUGGCUACAACACGGCCGACAUCGAGUACCUCGAGGACAGGAAGGUGGAGGGAGAGGCCGAGGCCGAACUGCGGAAGCUCCACGACGCCGUCUACGAUCAGGCCCUGGUCUGGGUCAACUCCCUGAAGCCGGAGCAGAAGGACAGGAUCGUGGGCCACUUCGGACCCAUGCCCGAGAAGGACUCGGAUCUCCAGGGGAGUCCCAAUGGACCGUCCUGGUGCUGGUGGCUGCUAGCCGUUCUGCCGCUGGAGGGUCGCGCCCAGCUGCCUUUCCUGGCCCUCACCUCCCUGAAGGAGCGGCUGACCGGCAUCCGCAGGGUCCUCCUCUUCAUGUCCCGAGACCGCUCGCGAUGACCCGGCAAGGACGGCUACUUCUUGCCUCCUCAUCGGACCAAAUCGGACAGCGUUCUGUGUGUAGCUACCAUUGGCCGACCAUCUAUACUGUAUCAGCCUAUCGCUGCUUGGGUGAAGGCCUCCACAUGGAUUUUACUCGCUAUAGACUGUGUUUUUCAACCUACGUGCUUUAAAAAGGACACACAUUUUUUUUAAAAUCUGUUUUGUCUGUCGUUUUCAUCAGUCGGAUGACUAAUUCUGUGUCUGAUUGCUGUGUGGCAGCCCUUAAAUAUGCAUCAUAUAAUCUAUGGCCCAGCGGCUGCCCACAUCGCUUCCUGCAAAAGGAGGAAGUGAUGUAAAUGUCCCUCCCCCUCUGCUGCCACUGAACUGUCCGCAGUUGCAUGCGAAAGGCAUGCAGACAUUUUCGGGCUUACAGUCCUGAAGCACUUAGGAGCCGGGUUGGUGUGAAGGGCGGCAUGAUUCCACAGACCUUGGGCUGUGUCCCCUGGCCUGAAGACCCCCGGUCACUCGCAAACAGGCGUGAGAUCUGUUUAAAAAUGUGCUUUCUCACGAUCUACAAGAACUUUUUUCAUAAGGGAAUGAUGGCAAGGGCUUCAAAGGCAGGAAGAACAGCGACAGCCUAAAGUAGAGAGCAGCCACACCCUAAUGCUCGUGUGCAGAUGAGAGCCUAUGCUUUCACUUUAUUAUAUGCCUCUGCUUUUUGCCAGAACCCUCCUGUUUCUUCCAGAAUGUUCCGGCAUAUGUUAUUACGGCCCCGCAUUAUGCUGGCGUAGUUUGCGGCCAUUUUGAAGUGAACAUUUAAUCACACAUAUCAGCAUGUGUAGGGUCUCAUCGCUAUGGCUGUCCUGCGUGGCUCCAUCCCCCACAGUGUGACCCCCCCACUGCAGCUCCCCGAGGCCCACAACCCAGAUCGGUUUGUUCAUGCACAGUAGCCAAAAAGGGACGGACCGGGCCUCGCUGGGGCGGGUACAAGCGGGACCGGGGUUUGGUUCUGUUUGUCCAGGGAGAGCUCCUGAUUUUCCAGUAAAACCAGAGAGCUUGCACCCUUCCUCCCAACCCCAACCAUUUUCCUUUUUUUGGAGGGGCAUAUAUGGGCUUAGGUUUGAAGCUUCUGAAGGGGGGGGGGGGUUCGUUUCUGUACCGCAGUGUGACACGCUGACCUUGCCCUACCCUUUGUACAGACAGGGAGUUUCACUCUAAACAGUUUGACUGUGUUUGAUGCCUCUCCGGUGACUAAAUGGAGUUUGAUUUCCACCGGGAACACCCUGUUCUGGUCACCGUUUCUUGCUCUGUGAAUAUCUCGUGCCUUAAGCUGAAUUUCUUCCAUGAUGCUCACACCAGGCAAUAACUGCAGAAAGUAGCAUCUCCACAGUUCAUAGGGAAUGACUUUUGUCUUAAAAUGAUUUUUUUUGCUUUCAGAGAUGAGACCCAAUUUAACGAUAUAAAAUGCACUUAUGUCAUACGGAUUAUGAAACUCAAUCCGUAAUAGUACCACAUCUAUUCUGAUUCUACUUAUCGUGGAUGUUCUCCUUUCACCAAUGGAGAGCCCAAAUGUAACCUAAUUUCAGUUUAAAAAAAAAAUAAAAAAUCAAUAGUUAAACUUUUGUUAAAUUGGGUCUGAUGUUACAUUUGCUGCAGGUUCUGUUACUGGAGUCAGAAAAGUCAGGAGUCCCAGACCCGCAAGCUGGCGAGAGCCGUGAAGGAGCUCUGGACUGACCUGUGAUACCACCUUCUCCUGACUUUUCUGGAUCCAUCUGGUUAUCCUGCACUAGUAUCUACGUUGACCUACCUCCUUGACAGCUGAAUUUCGUUCUUCCACUGAAAAAUGCUAUUAAAAAAAAAAAAAAAAAAAAGGAUUUUGAUUUUGGGUGUUUGUAUUUAUACAGUAGUGACUCUGAUUUCUUACUGUCAUAGUUGUGUGAAGUUGCCUCUCUCUGUACAUCUGUUUACAGCGACCUGAAUGUAUGUUACUUCUCUCUGUCGUUUAGCCAGUGCUGUGUUACAUGCUGUACAUAGUACACUAAAAUAAAGUGUUUGUUCUGUCA